AUGGCUCAAAAACCAAUGAGUGUGAAACAAGCUCAUGACUUCCUCACCAAACCUGGAGGCAUCUUUGAGCUAGAGACCGUGAUCACCAACGGCGUACAAUGUAAAAGCUUCAAGGGUGCAUUCAAGACCUUGAGGGACAUGUGGGAGUCUACAAGAAAAUUCGCUGAUAGAGAGUAUCUGGUAUAUGAAGAUGAGAGAUUGACAUACGCCGAAGCCCAUGCUGAAGUGGCAAGAAUCGCCAAUGUACUAGUAAACCAACUGAGCGUCAAGAAGGGGGAUCGUGUGGGAAUCAUCAUGCGCAACUAUCCUGAAUGGCUACUGUGCUUUUGGGCUGUACACUCUAUAGGAGGAGUCACGUCCCUCAUAAAUUCCUGGCUUACUGGUCCUGAAGAAGAAUACUGUCUUGAGGAUUCGGCGUGUGUCAUCGCUCUUGUAGACGAGGAGAGGGCUACUGUGUUGGAACCUCAUUUGAGCAGUUUGAAAUUAAAAGGCUUGAAAUCCGUUGUAGUGUGUAGAGGAAAUCCUAGAAAUGGAAUGGCGCAUUUGCCCACAUUGUUGGCAUCAGUGCCCAAGAUUGUGUCGGCUCCAUAUGUGGACAUUGGACCAGAAGAUGAGGCUAUAAUCAUGUAUUCUUCUGGAACCAGUGGAAAGCCAAAGGGCUGCUUGAGUGUGCAAAAAGCCAUAGGCGCCAAUCAAAUCAACUAUAUAUUACCAGCCAUGCGAAAUCUUUUGAGACAAGGGCUCCCUCUGCCAUCUGGUCCUGCUGCAGCCAAAUCCGUGUUGGUAUCUUCUCCAUUGUUUCACCUUCAAGGAAUCUCUCCUGUCGUAGGUCAAACAAUAAAUGGCAAUAGACUAGUGCUCUUGUUCAAGUGGGACCCUACAAAGGCACUGCAACUUAUCGAAAAAGAACGAAUCAAUCGAUGCUCUUGUGUUCCAGCAGUUAUGUGGCAACAACAUCCCGAUUUCGACAAGUACGAUUUAUCGAGUUGGGAAAAUGCUACAGUCGGAGGUGCUGCAGUUCCAGGUGAUUUAGUUCGAGCCAUGGCCCAAAAGCUACCCCGUGCCCCAGUUGCCACAGGCUACGGACAAUCCGAAAUCACUGGAACCCUUUCAUCAAAUGUUGGAUAUGAUUAUGAACGUAAACCGACGUCUGUCGGGCUUCCUUCUCCAACAACCGAAGUUCGUAUAGUCGACCCAGAUACACUCAAAGACGUUGCAGAAGGCCAAGUGGGUGAGAUUUGGUGUAAAUGUGCACAUGCAAUGAAGGAGUAUCUGAAUCGACCUGAUGCGACUGCUGAAACCAUACAGCCUGGCAACUGGGUCAGAACGGGCGAUCUCGGCUACGUUGAUGACGAGGGCUUCGUUUUUAUUGUUGAUCGUAUUAAAGAUGUUGUGAAUCGUGGUGGUGAAAAGGCAUUCUCAACAGAAAUUGAGGGAAGACUGUAUGAACACCCGUCAGUGAUAGACGCCGCAGUGUUUCCUAUGCCGCAUCCAACUCUAGGAGAGGAAGUGAUUGCAUCAGUGCAAGUCAAUCCAAACAAAGCUGCCGUAACUCAACAAGAGUUGAAGGAUUGGACAAAGCAGACAUUGGCUUAUUUCAAGGUGCCAGUAUAUAUAGAUAUAGGCACUGAACCGCUAAUUAGGAAUGCUAAUGGUAAGAUACUGAAAAAGGACAUCGCUCCUGGUGUAAUCGCCAAGGCAAAGGCUGCUCUUGGUGCAAAAUUGUAG